AUGAACGGGUCGGGGCGGCUGCCGGCGGGGCCCGGGGAGGAGCAGCUGGGCGCAAACGGCAGCGGCCCCGCGGAGCUGCGGGAGGGCACCCACGCCGCCACCUUGGCCGCCUGCGCCUCCCUGCUGGCCCUCGUCUUCUGCCUGGGCUCCUACGGCAACCUCAUCGUGCUGCUCUCCUUCUUCGACCCGGCCCUCCGCAAAUUCCGCACCGACUUCGACUUCAUGAUCCUCAACCUGUCCUUCUGCGACCUGUUCCUCUGCGGCGUGGCCGCCCCCAUGUUCGCCUUCGUGCUGUUCUUGGGGCCGGCGCGCGGCGUGCCGGGCGCCUUCUGCUUCACCUUCCACCUCACCAGCUCUGGCUUCAUCAUCAUGUCCCUCAAGACGGUGGCGGCGAUCGCGCUGCACCGACUGCGCGUGGUGCUGGGCCGGCAGCCGCCCCGCGCCGCCUCGGCGCCCCGCACGCUGCUGCUCACGCUGGGGCUCUGGGCCGCCAGCUUCACCCUGGCCACCCUGGCCACGCUGCGCGCCCGUGGCUCCCGCCGCUGCCUGCCCGUGGCCAGCCUGGCCAGCGGCCGGGGCAGGCUCGUCCUCUACCUCUACAUCGCCGACUUCAUCUGCUGCGUGGCCGUGGUGGCCGUGUCCUACGUGAUGAUCGCCCGGGCCCUGCGCAGGAACGCGUGCGCCAGGCAGGGCCCGCCCAUGCUGGCCGUGGGCACCCCCCGGCCACAGCCAGCCCUGUACCGGACCCAGAGCUGUGGGCAGGCCCCCGGACAGCCCAAGCACGCCGGGCGGCUCCCGCUGGCGUCGGCUGUCAACCUGGCCACGGCCAAGGACUCCCGGGCCGUGGGGACGUGCGUGGUCAUCGUGCUCUCCGUGCUGGUGUGCUGCCUGCCCCUGGGCAUCUCCCUGGUGCAGGACGUGCUGUCCGGCAGCGGGGGCUUCGUCCUCUACCAGUUUGAGCUGUGUGGGUUUACCCUCAUUUUUUUCAAGUCCGGGUUGAAUCCCUUCAUCUACUCCCGCAACAGCGCGGGGCUGCGGCGGCGCGUCCUGUGGUGCCUGCGCUACGCCGCCCUCGUCUUCUGCUGCUGCAAGCACAGGACCAGGCUCCAGGCCAUGGGCAAGGGCAGCCUGGAAGUCAACAGGAACAAGUCCUCCCACCACGAGACCAACUCGGCGUACAUGUUGUCUCCGAAGGCUCAGAAGAAGAGCUUGGAGCAGGCCUGCGCUCCCAGCCACUCCAAGGACAGCGUGCUGAGCCCCAGGGCUUCCGCGGGCCACCAGCACUGCGGCCAGAGCAGCUCCACCCCCAUGAACACCCGCAUCGAGCCCUACUACAGCGUGUACAACAGCAGCCCUUCCCAAGAAGUGAGCACCCCCAACAGCCUGCAGCCGGUCAGCUCCACGUUUGGCUUUUCCAAGCCCUACAUCGCCCAUCCCACCCCCGGCGUGGGCCGGGACUGCGGUGCUGCCCUCACCAGGCACAUCCCGGUGCCUUCGGUGUAGCCGGACCCACCACCCCCGAGGGUGACUGGGGAGGUGACACAGCACUGCUGCCAGUUAAUGGCAGUGCCAUUCCUGUUGGUGUCCAGCUGUUUGGUGAUUGCUGCAGUGACCGUCAGGGGAUUUCUCUGGAAUUUCAUUGGCGAGUCAAAAAGGGGGAUACGUUUUAGAUUUGUGUUUGGGAUCGUUACGUGAGGGUGUUUUUGGUACUGAAUUUUACUGCUGGACGAGUAAAGAAAGUAAAUGCUGUAACUAUGUGAUUUAUUAUGUCACAAGGCCAGGUUGGGUAGGGCUUGGAGCAACCUUGACUAAUGGAAAGUGUCCCUUCCCAUGGCAGGGGGUGGGACUGGAUGAGCUUUCCAACCCAACCCUUUCUGUGAUAAGGCAGAGUAUUACAAAUAUCUUGUAUUUUCAAGAAGGAAGAAUUGGGAAGGUGCUUGGUAUUACUGGAGUUGAAACUUCUCUCAUCUCAGAAGGUUGGAAAAACUGGUGGCACCUUUCAGUAAUAACAAAAGCCCUUUCUAUUCACAGGGUGAAACCCUGGGUCCCUUGAGGUAAAUGGCAAAAUUUCCAUCAGGUUCCACUGAAGUUCAGGAGUUUGAUCUCUGCCUCUUCAAGUGGGACAAGGCAUUAGUCGGUGUUAUAUUUCCUCUGGGAAGGACUUUUGGGAAGUACAGCCCUGGAAUAAACCUCUGCAGUUUAUAUAUCAAUAUCUGCUGGGUGCUCAUUUUAAGGAUGAUGGUGUUGUGUACCCCAAAAUAAUUUGGAGAGGUGUUUUACUUCUGCUAGAAGUAUCUGUGCAAUACCUACUUAUUGGUGUUAUGUGAGGAUAAAGAUGAAUGUUGCAAUAUUCUAGGACAGGAGUAAUGCAGUCACCUCUGGAAUUCCCUAACUGGUGAGCUGUUAGGCAUGGAGUUGUGUUCCUUGUUGCUCCUUUGUGCGUGGUUUUUAUAAAUUGGGACAGGCAGAACUGACAGCUGUUAACAUUUUUAAAACCACGUCCCGACUAACUACAAGUUUUGGAGAUUUUUUUUGUUUAGGAAAUCUUAACAUCAGUUUGAUUUAAUCUGUCUGCUUAGAAACUUUCUCUGUCGGUCUACACAGCAAGCAAAUAACUGGAAAGGAACUGUGUUUUAUUUUUGUGCUGUGUCACAUGUUGUGGGAAUUCCCUGUGAGACACAAUGACUCGGGACAUUUAAAUUCCCGAGGGUUCCGGCUCUGGGUCACCAAAUCUCUGCCAAACAAGCAAUCACCUUUCACCUUCGGCAGAGCCUCAGCGUCUCCAAAACAACCCUGCCACAGACGUUUGGUACCUCCUUACAGGAAAACUGCCACAUCUUUAGGAAAAUGCCAGCGAUGGGAAGGUGAUUUGUUACUUUGGAAACAAGGAACAAAAGAACAUCCACGGUAACUGCUGCGUGUGAGAGUUGUUGGUUCGGGCUUUUUGUUCACUGAACUGCUUUGGAGGUUUUCCUGGAACACUGUUCUUUGUUGAGCACUGAAUUUGAAUUAGUUUUGAAUAAUUAGAACCAGCUUUCUUGCAAUAAAACCGAUGUGAACAACUUUCUAAUAUAAACGUAAAA